GUUAGUGUACGUGUAUCUAUCAAUAAUUAAUUAACCAAACUACAAGGUGAGGAGGAAGAAGAAGAAGAAGAAGAAGAAGAAGAAGGCAAUGGGAAGCACAAGAACUGAGUUAUACUUUGUUUUCAUGAACUAUGAUCCUGAAUAUGAACGCCUCCGAGCUGAUCGAUAGAUCUUUUUUGCUCUUGAAAAUAAUUGUAUAUAGAACAAAGAAAGGAGCAUACGAGCUUGAUUUGUACCUAAGUAGGAAACAUGACGAGUUAUUGGCAAACAAUCUUGACCGUGGCACCUACAGAAAGACUCUCUCUUUGGUCAUUGUCGAUGGCUUUGCUGUAGAGAUCACAGAAGUUCAGGCAAAUGUGCUUAGAUCUGCCAAUGGAGUGAGAGUUGUGGAGAAGAACCAGGAAGUUGCUUAGUUAGCAAAUUAAGCAAAUGUGGAAAUAAUAUUGAAAUUAUAAAUUAGUGGUUUGAUAGUAACUCAUGAGUUUGUAAAGUAGUGUUUUGUAACUAUUGAAGUCCUACUUCUUGUCUCUGUUGUUUGUUAAACCCUAUUCUCUCCUUCAAUGAAAUUCGAAAUUGAAAUAUAUUUUUUGGUAUUA